GGUAUAGCCGGCAAGAACCGGCGCAUAGUUGGAGGCACCACAGUCCAGCCACACGAAUACCCGUGGCUGGUGUCGCUGAUGCUGGGGCCGAAGCUGCACUGCGGAGGGGCGAUCAUCACAGAUAUGCACAUCCUCACCGCUGGACACUGCAUCACUUUCGGGGUACAUUUCCGCGACUUAGCAGUCUAUGUGGGAAUGCAUGACCGGCUUGACAACUCCUUCGUCACCCUCCGCGUGACCAACGGCGUAAAGCACCCUCAGUUCACGUCGAAUGCUGUCCGGGACAUCAACGACAUAGCUGUGCUGACGCUCAACAAGAAACUCCGGUUCUCUGACAAGGUCCGGCCCAUCUGCUUGCCGAGUGAAGACAUGGACUUCCAUAAUCUGCCACUAACAGUCGCUGGCUGGGGCAAGACCCGUCAAGGAGCGUUGACAUCCUCAAGGUACCUUCUGGAGACAAAAGUGCAGAUCGUUGACACUGAGAGGUGUCGGAAGUCAUCGAUAUACAGGGACAACCUCGUCCCAGACACUAUGAUGUGUGCUUACAGCCUUGGAAAGGAUGCUUGCCAGGGUGACAGCGGAGGACCACUUUUCUCAACGAAUCGGAAAACUCACAAUAAAAAAUGGUAUCAAGUUGGUAUCGUCUCAUGGGGAAUCGAUUGCGCAAUGCCAGACUACCCGGAAUGUGGAAAGCCUUCAGACACAGUGGUAUCCAUGCGGAUCGUGGGCGGUCGCCGAGCGGCACCCCACUCCCACCCGUGGACGGUGGCCAUCUUGAAGAAUAAUCGGAUGCACUGCGGCGGCGCCAUCAUCACUAACAAGCACGUGCUUAGCGCAGGACAUUGCUUCAAAUGGGACAACUUCAAAACCAUGCAAGUCCUGAUCGGGCUGGACAACCUUGACAAUCUCAACAACGUGGCGCACCGCAACAUAUCUGACGUGGUCAUCCACGAAGGGUUCACGUCAACCGCGGUGCGCGACGAGAACGACAUCGCAGUAGCCACCCUGAACGAACCGGUGGAGUUCGGACAGACUAUUGUGCCGAUUUGCCUGCCAACACCAGGUCAAGAAUUUGCAUCAAGAGUCGGUACAAUCGUAGGCUGGGGAAGAAUGGGAGUAGAGAAAUCUUCCUCAAAGUUUCUUCUCAAAGCACUCCUCCGUAUACUCUCAGACCAAGAGUGUAUGGAGUCGCAACUCAAACAGCAUCUUAAGCCCACAAUGAUGUGCGCUUUCUCCAAAGGAAAAGACGGCUGCCAGGGAGAUAGUGGAGGCCCACUUCUGGUCUUCGAAAAUAGUGGUCGUUAUGUACAGGCAGGCGUUGUGUCUUGGGGUAUUGGCUGUGCUGAUCCUAGGUACCCUGGAGUUUACACAAAAGUCAGCAAUUACAUUGAUUGGAUACGGCAGCAAUCAAAAGACGCGAUUACUUGCGACUAG